AUGUCACCCAACCCAACUGGAACACCCACGUCCAAAAAGCCCAAGCCCCUCUUCAUCCUCCCCAAGUCUCACUUCGACAAAGUCGCCUCCUCGGAUCUCCUCUCUAAGCGCCCGCCUACUCCGUAUUACCCCCCUUCGAACCCUUCCGGUCUGCUAGCCGAGCCGAGCCGUGGAUUCCAGGCGAAGGAAGACCAACAUAAGGAUGACCAGAAGGAGGCAGAUGGCGAUGGCGAGAAGCAGAAGCAGAAGCUUCAGAAUGCUGGACUGUAGAGACAGUAGAGCUAUUUGGGUCCGGUGAUGUUGCGGAAUGGCGUAAGAAGGUUAGUACUAGAUCGACGUUCACGAUGCUUAUUCACGGGGCUUUUCUGUGCAUUGAUUGUUUAGAAUGGUUGACUGACUUGUGUUACUAGUGACGACGAGUGACGACGCGAGGUAUCAGGACAGCAUGUGGUGGGUUUGGUAAAACGAGAUGUCCUUUCUCGCUUCAGAAACCAUUGGCAGUCAUUAUGGAAAGUACUAUAGCGGAAAAAUGCGGUUCGUGACAUCCAAUGUCUAUAUCACGGGGCAAGGCGACGGUUAGGGGGUAGGUUGGAUAUGCGUAGUUGUACGAGGAGAGGAAGAGGGAGGAGUGUGCAAAGGUCUGGCGAUAUAGGGUAGGGCUGAGCCAUGCCCAGAGCCAGACCUGCACGUACACAUGCACGUAAUAUACCAUUGGCCAAUAG